ACAGGAGCAGCAGCAGCAGCAACAGGAGCAGCAGCAGCAGUAACAGGAGCAGCAGCAGCAGCAGGAACAGCCGCAGGAAACCUUUAACAAUGAUACCCCGACACACGUUGCUUCUCUGUCGUCUCGUGACAGUGGUGGUUCUCGCACUAUGUACAGUGGGACACAUCACCGAUGCUGUGCAACACACCCGAGGUGUCGCCAGUGAUGAGUCGUCAAGAUACGGUCGCUCUACGAAUCGAACAUCGAAACAAACUACAAGCGUGGAACUAACCAAUCUCGAAGCUCCAUUAACCUCAAUACCAGAAUCUUCAGUGAGUUCGGCGGCACCUGCAGAAGUCCUUUCAACUUUGACCUCUCUUCAUCUCACCAGUGACCUUGGAACUUCUCCAAGUCUACUGACGACGACUGUUGUUCCCACUAACGUCUCGACUCGUACUCUACCAAACACGUACGACGACCAACCUACAUCCGUCAUCCGAGGAGACUUGCCUAUUAACUCGGACUUCGAGGAGACUGUCGAGGACGUGUCUGGCCUCCUCUUCUCGCCUUUGGAGACGCUCUUUACGCCUUCUGAAGAGCCGCCUGGACAUGAACCCACAAUCAGUGAUGACAGUGUUAUAAAUCAUAAUCCUACAGGAUACCUAGAAAUGGAUUUGUAUGCACCUGAAGGUUCUGUAUUUGUCAACGACAUUCAGAGUGAGUUGGCCAGUGUAAUGGAGCUCAGUAACGUUACUCUUGAAUCUAGCCAAACUACUGUUUCUAGUUUUGAUCUUCUGCGCGAGACUCCUGGAAACAAACCCACAAACAUCGAAGACAUUUUCGCAGAUCACAGUCCGUCAGAGCACUUUGAAGUUGAUCCUCUUUCCAGAACAUCCCCUUCAUCUGUCAGUGCUAACCCGAGCGGGUUGGUUACUUUGAAGGAAUUCAGUGCUGUUACGGUUGAAUUAGAUCAGACUACUGUUUUCAAUUUUAAUGAGCAGGAGAUGCCAGAAUAUGAACCAGCAGCCCUUGAAAGCCCUUCCAUAAGUCAAAGCUCGACAGAAGGCCUUGAAGUUGGUCUUCAUUUGCAUGCAAGUUCUGAAUCAGUAAGAGUUAAUCCAAACGAACUGGUCAGUGUAAAGGAGUUCAGUCAUGUUUCUGAUGUAUUGAGCCAACCUACUGUUUCAAGUUUGGACUUUUUGCACAAGACGUCAGAAAAUGAACGAAAUACCAUCGAAAAUAGUUUCAUCGAUCAAAACACAGAAGUAAACCAUGAAGUUGAGCUUCAUUCUCAAUUAAUUUUCUCAUCAGUUAGAAAUAAUUCGAGAGAGUUGUCUACGCUGAAGGAAUUAAAUCAUUUUACUAGUUCAUUUAACGACACUACAGUUUCUAGUUUUAACUUCAUUCCCAUGACGCCUGCAAAUGAGCCUAUAUCAAUCGAAAACAGUUUCGUAACUCAAAGCCCAGCAGGAGGCCUUGAAGCUGAUUUUCAUUCACUAGCAAGAACUGUCUCAAUCAAGGAAAAUACAAGCGUGUUAGCGAGUGUGAUGGCAUUAAAUGAUGUCACUGAUUCUUUGAAAAUUACGGUUGAAUUGAAGGAGACCACUAUUUCUAGUUUUAGUCGUCUGCACGAGGAAGAUCACACAGAAAAUGUGGCGGACACCAGUAAGUUUGCGUCCAUUGAUGUGCAUUCAGACGGCCUCACCCCUCACACUUCGUCGUUCCAGGAGCUGUACGACAGCAGGAUAUGGUUCUUCAUCGUUCUUCGAGGUAACUGUCACCUCGUCAAACUGGAUAACACGAACGUUCUUGCCUCUGACUUCAUCACGUCCUUCUCGCUGCUGUUACUCUAUAGCAAAGACAAAAUAGUUGUCCACUCCAUAGAGUGUUCGGGAGUCAAGAUGACAGUGAACAUGACAAUAGAUUCGUCAUAUUACCCAAACUGUGAAGAAGAUUUGAACACCCUUUUAUCGCACAGAAACCUCCGUAUCGACCUCCACAACACCUCCUUCUACAUAGAAUCUUAUGAAACUAGGCGAACCCUUAUUUUCGAAACAAAAUCAGAUAUCGAAAAGGAUAAUUUUAAUAUCCUGUACUUGAUCCUCGGAGGUGUUGCAGUGUCAAUUAUAUUCAUUAUUUUCGCUGCCAUAAUAUUCGUUAUCUACCGACAUUUGGUGCUAAAGAAGACCAAGUUUAAUCUCGGAACACUAGAUACAAUUUUAUCAGAAUCCCCUCGAAGUUACAAAAUGGAAGUGGAUCACACUGUAAGAUUCUCGGACACAGACACCUACUACGUCAAAAUGUACAAAAGCUGCAGUGACCUUAGCUCUCUGGAUCGUUAUGACCAAUAUGGCUUCAUUGACCAUCCCACAGCUACCAUACAGAGCAGUCCUCAGGCGUCAACUAACAAAAAGAAGUCAAAUAGAAGUAUUAAACAGAGCCACGGAGGUUCGUAUAAUUUGGAGAAUCGCCACAGAAACUUGUGGCUAGGGCGCCCCACACACGCUGGCGACGAGAUCAUGACCAUCAGGAAUGUCAACAUUCUGAACCCGUAUGAUUGUAACAUGAGGGAACAGGAGGAAAGUCUAAAUCCACUGUUGACGAAUGGUAGCCCCAACUCCAGACUGGAGACGACAGCAGCGCACACAGACGACAACAUAGAUUCUUCUCCAUGCCCGCCCUCUGUGGCGCCUCAAAAUGAUGUCUUGAAGAGAAUGGACGACCUCAUCUCCACCACUUUCUCCAACAGCAUCCCCAACAUUACUGCUGAUCCCGUCGGAGACACCACUUACAGGACAGCGUAUUCCAACGUCAUCGCAAGCCUACCUGCAGGUAACCUCAACACCAUCACCACCACUACUGGGGACUCGAAUUUCUAUCCAGCUUCCUACUCCUCCAACACCAACACACCUUCCUACAACACAGCAGCCUCCAACGUCACCCCCACCUCCAAGACCUCAGCUGAGAACCUCUGCCUCACACGUAUAACCUUCCUGGAGAUGCGUGUCUGGCCACGGCGCACCGCAGCCCAACACAACUUCCCACUCCUCAAAGACUCUGGGAAGCCGAAGCCAUCUCAGAUGAUCAACCAGGAUGACAUCUUAGAGGUCUAGAAUGUAUGACCUGAUGAUGUUAAUCCAGCCUAUUUUUUGUUUUUAGCACUACGUACAAAAUACAAAUAACCCAAGCCUAAUCAUCCGAUGCAUAGACAACAUGAAAUUUGAAAGCCAAUCCUUUUCAUAGUGCUUUGCAAUUUAUACGUUGGGAUCGCAACGUACAAAAUGAGACGAAAUAGCUGAGAAGCCGUGUUAACGAAAACUCAAGACCUCGGCUAAAAUAUAUUAUGGCUGUUCGUAAAUAUUUGGGAGAAUUACAGAUGUAUCUGCUAGCUUCUAAUGUUUAGAUAGAGCGAAUAUUUUGAUUACUAUCUUACAGCAACAUUUAUAAUGGAAUUUGAGACUAUCAUAUGGUUCCAUAUGUUGGCCUCAAUAUGCACGAAGAACUGACGAGUUAGCCAAAGCCUAGAGGAAGCUGAUUACACCUUGUCCAGCCUAACUAGGUCAGUAAUAUACCGUGAAAUCAUAACAAAUUUGUGAGACUCAGUGAGAUUUACACUAGCAAGAAGAGCCACCAGUCUAUGGGUCCUCCAGUAAGGUCAGUAGAUAUCUAGCCUAGCAGUAGACUGCUAGGCUUUGACUCGGCAAGAAGUAGCUCUAAGGAGUUUACACAAUCUGCUCAAGUAUAUCUGACCAAAUGUAAAUUAUCGCAGCAAAACUGUUCAAAUACAUAGUAUAUGUAAUUGAAUGUGAAAUUAAAUUCAAGCAUUCAAACAAUUUUAUCAAGAAUGUUAAAAAUGAUUUGCAAAUUUCUUUUUUUCGGAAUGACAUUGCUCAAAAUGUUAUCCAUUACAAAAUUUGUGCAGUGUAGAUAGUACAUGUUCUGCCUAAGUUCCCACUGCCUGCAAAUGUUUUACUUGCUUGCUUCGUGAUUACUGUAACAUUAACUAUUGUACUGAAAUUAGACUACUACCCCUGUAACCUGUGUGGUGACUGUAAAUGUUAACAGUCUCUGUAGCUAGUUCAUCAGUGCUGUAACUUGCCUGUAGCGAAACAUUUAUUUGUUAAAUUACUGAACUCAUUAAGUGCCUCUGUUGCCUGUAACAACACACUGUAACCUACUGUGGCUCACUGUAACAUCUGCCCCACUGAACGAUACAUAAGGGCCAUGGGUAUUGGGCACUAACAAGCUAACUAGGCUUAGCUAAAUAGCACUGUAAAUACACUGUUGAUAUUUAUGUUAAUAUAUUAACUAAUCAGUUCAUCAGGGGUGUAACUGGAUUAGUUAGAAUAAUAUUCCUGAGCCCAUUAAUAUGCCUCUGUAACCAAGCCGCCAGUCCCCGCUGGAUGUGUAUGGGUGUCUCUGUAACCUUUACUAGGUAUACCUUCCGUGUCAUGUACCAGCUGUACUUUCCAUGUCAUCUACCCGUAGUACCUUCCGUGUAAUCUACCAGUAGCAUCUUCCUUGGCACACAAUAGCUGUGCCUCUUCUCGCCACAGACAGCAGCACCGGACAACAACAGUGUGAAGGAUGUCCACCACUCAGGAACCGGGUCAAGACAGGUCUUAGCGACACACCGCCAUAGACAGCUGCAGAGAUAAAGAAUUCUCCCCAAGCCUGAACACACUUGUGAAUGCUCUCACGUGGAGAUAAGCUUGGGUUCCAAUAUUACAGAAAGCAUUUCCGUGUCUCUGGUAAUGUCUUAGACCAAGGGGUCUAAACAAUUAAACUAUACCCAAUCUCCACUUCGCCAGAUUAUCGAAAUCAUUAUCGCCAUCAUCACCAGUACUAUUAGAUACCAGUUGACUUCAAAAGAUGUCAGUAACUUGGUUGUGUUGUACAUACAUAUAGCCAGGAACAGAACAGCUAAAAGAAAAUCAAGAAGAAUUUGUCAUAUAUAUAGAAAAACGUCAUAUACAUAGCUAGCUACAGCUAGUUGGAUUUUUGUUGUUGUUGUGGUGUUGUUAAAAAUAGAAUUGAGACAUUGUAACUGACGGUGAUAGUUAAUUUUAUUUUUUUGUUUUGUUUUUUAUAUUGUUCUGAAAUAGAGUUCCAUACCCCUA